AUGGAAGUACAAAGGCUGAGCUAUUUUUUGAAGCAGCAAUGGUACUAUGAAGGAGCACCGGUACCUGAGGUUCAAUCGCCAGGUAGACUUGGGCCAGAACUACCAGGUGGAUGUAGGUGGGAGUAUAUUCCUUCAGCAGAUUCUGGACAAAGCUACAUCAUCAACAAAGGAUGGGGUGGUCUUGGUAUCUUAACAGAGCCAAAGGAUUUUGUAUACUCGUUGGACAACAUCCCUCAUGACCGGCUUUUCUUGCAAUGUGCAUCUGUGGUACACCACGGGGGUGCUGGAACUACAGCUGCUGGACUAAAAGCUACGGUGCAACGGUUAUCCGAGAUGUUGAAAACCAAUCUGGACAGAGGAGUACAAAGACAUGAAGAUGAAUUUAGAAACAGGGGAAAUGCCUUUGGAUCUAACACUUAUCUUGUGAAAAAAGGAAGAAGCUUCUUUGUAUGUUAUAUCUCUACAACAACUAUUUCUUCUUUGCUUUUAUUUACAACUGCAGCUAACCAUGGGUAUUUUAAUGAGUAA